AUUUCAAGUAGACUCGUUAUUUAAAUGGGUCUGUAUAUAUUUGUGUGCGUGUGUGUAUUUGCAUCGGUGUAAGCGGCACAAACCUGUAAUGUAUGUAAUGUAAGUACACCAGUGCUAUUUGCAUAGGUGUGCCUAAAAUAUACUUUUAAGUGUGUGUGUUAUCAGUCUAUCUGUGUACGUGUAUGCGAUCGCCUAUUAGAUAAGUGCUCCUAGUGUUCAGGGAUCCGUACGUUAUAUAUUUUUCCCUCCCUUAGUUCCUUUUACAUACCAGCAUAUAUGAUAGGUAGAGCAAAUCAAUAACAAAAGGCAAAAUCAAAUACAAAAAAAAUUACAAAACUCUAAGGGACGUUCACAGUUAAUAUUAUUACUUUGACGCUCAAAGGAAAAAAGUUAUAGUUGCCUAACUGACUCCUCCGAAAAAACAAAAAGCAAAAUAAUAAUAAUAAUCUAAGAGAACCUGAAUAUAAUUUACAUUUUCACUGAACUUCUUUCUUUUCGUGGGUAAAGACUGUUUAAAAAAAUGUAUAAAGAAAAAUAUAAUAAACGAUUUCACACAAGAAACAUGAAUAGCAGAUAAUUACAAACACACACACAUACACACGCAUGUAUAUAUAUAUAUACAAACGCAUACACACGUUCGCGCGCACGCACACACCACACACCAACACACACUCAUUCAGAUAAUCACGCUAGAUGCAAUUAUGACUGUUUUCACUGCUAACCUAAAUCUACCCUGUUGGCUCUGCUUACUUUUCACGUUAAGUUUUCAGGUAUUUAUUCAUACAUACACCCACACACUAACACACACACACACACACGUGCAUAUGUAACACACACACACACACACACACAUAUAUAUAUAUAUAUAUAUAUAUAUAUAUAUAUAUAUAUAUUAUAGUUGCCUGUAAUAGAUAUAACGUGAUUUUAUGUGUCAACAAUUAAUAGUUAUCUGAUAUAAUCUGGAAAAAGAAAAGGGGGAAAAAAAAUCUUAGCGGGAAAUUAAUAUUGACAAUUGAAGAAGAUUUAAAAUAUCUGUGUGUGUUACAUAUUUGUUUUAUGUUCUGCAUAUAGAUUUAAGGCAGUUACUGAAAAAAAAAAAAAAAAAUCCACAUGCGUCAAGUUUCAUCUGGUAGGAAUGUCAUUCAUAUAGAAAAUGUUUCGCUUCUUUGGUUGCUUAUACAGGAAGGAAAAAAUAAGCCUAAACAGCAAGCACGGAAUAUACCAUAGAAACAGGAAAUUACUGAGAGAUUUGUGGCAUCUUAACUCCUUCAUCUCUCUGGACAAUGGCCUUCACAUAACGGCAAUCCUCUACUUAGAAAAGGUUACAUUCCUGGAGAUGCUUUUCAAAUUCUUCCAUGAUGGCUUCAUCUGGAUCUGGUCAGCGGAUAACCAACCAGAACAACAGCACAUCUUCCUCUUCCCAUGUUACAGCAAGGCCUGGUAAUGGCUUGCUUGACCAUGUACACCAAACCCCAACAGCAAGCAUCCCUAACAGAGAGUUCAUCAGUUUGACACACUUGCGAACUGGGCCAAGACCACAAAAUGAAUAUGUGGAUUCCACCCUGUCGGCAAACAAACUACCUCCUUCACCGUCUACAGCUCCUGCCAAUGUAACUGUUGUAAAACCGUUACAAAAUAAAAAGCCUCGUGCAGUAGCUGAAAGUCACUCACCACAGCCACAGAGAUUUACAAAUAGCUCAAAUAGCAAUAGCACUUCAAGUGGUGUGAAUAUUAGAGUGACCAGUGGUAGUACUGGAGGCAGUGCAAAUAUUACUGGUUUUGCUGGUAGCAGGCAGACAACAAGGCCUAUAGUAAACAAUGUUGUAUUAAAACAACCAAUUUCAAAUCAGAACUUGAAAAAAGUUAAUAUAAACACACCCAUUGAAUUGGAGAACCCUGAUGGCGCCAUUCAUGGAGACUCUGUUAUAUGCAGCAGAUGUGGAAAAUGUAAAUGCGCUGCAUGUCGAGAGAACCGGGAACUUCCGUCCUGGUGGCUCUGUGGCAAAAAAUUUGAGAUCAGUGCCAAAUCUGCUGUGAAUAUGUGCACAUGUGUGUGUUGUGUUAAAGGAAUUUUUUACCACUAUUCAAAGGACUACCAACAGGAUUCUAUGGAUGGAAUGUGUUCUGAUGAGCCAUGCGCAGGUUGCGAGCGACCACAAUGCUUGAAGCGCUGGGCUUGUAUGGCGCUAUUAUCAUUAUGUUUACCUUGUCUGUGCAUAUACUGGCCAGCCCAGUGUGCUCUGGUGUGUUGCACAGCCUGUUAUAAUGGUUGUACCAGCAGAGGUUGUAAAUGUGCUCAUGGAGAGAGCAAGAUUGGUUCCACCUCUCAGACUAGGAGACUUAUUGAGUCAGAUGGAUCAAGUGCUUAAAAUUUUGUUUGUUUUUUUUUUUUU